AAACAUAAACCCUACCGGACCCAAGCCGCCACGGGCACUGCACUCCACUCUCCACUGUUUAUGCCCAAAAUCAACACAUUAAAAAAAAAAACACAAAACAAAAAAAGAAAUUCCCAUUGCCAUAAAAAUCAUAAAGAAAUGCAUCCAUCGCCAAUACUAACCAUAAUAAAAAGCUGUAAGUAAAGAAGAAAACAAGAUCCACCUCGAACCCCCCUCCACCUUCACCCCCACCCCCACCUAUUCAUUCAUUCAUUGUGUUCCUCUAUCCAAAAAUCAGGUGCUUUCUGAAAGGGAGAUUGAGGAUAAAUGAUACCCAUCUAUAAAGAUUUCAUCUUUUUUUUCUGAUUCUCUGCACUUCUUUUCAGUGUUUACCCCCUCCCUCUCUCUGGGUUUGAGUUUGAGUUUGAGCUUUGCCGGUUAAAAAGUUCGAAUCUUGGAAUUCCGGCGGGUGGGUUUCUUCAUAACCGGGAUUUUGGCGGCGGUGGAGAAAUGAGGGAGGAGGACUCCAAUUGGUUUGCGAAAUGGGAAGAGGAGCUUCCUCCUCCGGAUGAGCUUAUGCCCUUAUCUCAAACCCUAAUUACUCCUGAUCUAGCUCUGGCGUUUGAUAUUCAGAAUCCCAGUAGCCCUCACCACCCGCCCAUACAGCCGCCGUUGAUGGCGGUUCAGACGCCGCCGUCCUCCCAGCCCAACUCCUCCGCCGAAUUUGACUCCGCCGACUUGGGCGGCGCCGCCGCCGCCUCCGGCGGCGGCGACGAGCCCGCCCGGACCCUGAAGCGGCCCCGCCUCGUGUGGACCCCGCAGCUCCACAAGAGAUUCGUGGACGCGGUGGCGCACCUGGGGAUCAAGAAUGCGGUGCCCAAGACCAUAAUGCAGCUGAUGAGCGUGGACGGCCUGACGCGCGAGAACGUGGCGAGCCAUUUGCAGAAAUACAGGCUCUAUCUGAAGCGUAUGCAAGGUCUCUCUAAUGGCGGAGGGGGCGGCGGCGGGGGAAACAACUCCGCUGGGGCAGGGGUGGACGCUGCAACCGACCAUUUGUUCGCUAGUUCACCGGUGCCGCCACAUUUCCUGCACCCCGUGAGGUCAAACUCCGACCAUUUCCUGCCGUUUGUCCCGGUGGCUGCUGCAAUGCAACACCACCACCAGAUGGUGGGGCACCACCCUCAGCUCCAGCAACAGUACAGGCAUUUCGGGUCACCCCCGAACGGGCAAUUCGAGCAUACAUUCCUAUCCAGGCAAUCCCAGCAACAGGUUCAGAGGAUAGGGGCACCAGUACAUAAUAAUAAUAAUGCCAAUUCUUUGGUGCCAUCAUAUGUGGAAGAUGUGGAAUCAGCUAAUGGGAGGAAGGUCCUUACUCUAUUCCCCACCGGGGGCGAUUGAGAAUUCGAUUCCCCCCGAUGGUUAUGGAAUGUCAAAACUUAUGCAAUUUCGCCCCCGGUGGUUAAGGAUUUAGAUUCUUUAGUUCUUGUGCUGGUGGUGGUGGUGUAACAGUCUUUAGUACUUUUGUGUCCUCCGGGAAUUGUGAAUCCCUCCCUGAUCGAAUCGAAUUCAUUGUUGCUUCUUCUGUGUUUUUUGCCUGUAAGGACUAGGAUCUGGAAACUAAAUUUGGGAAGAAAAAGAAAAUCUAGAAGUGUAAUUAUGUUCUGGCCACUCUUGUGCUUUCUGUGUCAGCUUCUUUUUUAUCUGUUGGCUACUAGUGAUUUUGGCCUUGAUGUCACAUGCAAUAAUGUCCUAAUCAGCCCCACUCAUAAUGUUGUCUAGUCUAUGGAUCAAUGUGGUUCCUUUGAACCUUUUUUUUGUUCUUCUUGUUUCUAGUUUAUGGAAAGCACAAGUGUUUGACUCUACUCGAAAAAUCUCGAGUAUUUCCUGUGUGGGGUGUGUUAUGAUCCUCGUAGACACACAUUCUUUGCCGAAGCAACAAUGCCAAUGGUUAUGGAGAGCAAAGAUGCAACGACAGAGUUCCUUGGCUAUUUUAAGGAAUCUCCUGCGUAGGAACUGUAUGGAUUCUCUCGGGGUUCUUAGUUUCGUUGUCCUGCUGCUUGUAAAUUGUGUGGUUUCAUAGCGGAUAGAAGUGUUGAUUGGAGAAUCUUUGAGGAAGAGCAAUAACAAGUGCAGAAUGUUAGUAUGGUUUAAUGUCUUAGAAUGAUGUAUAAUUUCUGGCUGUUCUUUUUGCUCAAUAGUGGUCAGCCCUGUGAGUGAUCAUCUCAUUUCUCCUCCAUAUACUAAGUAUAAUCAUAAAGUUUACUCAACUGUCAUCUGCAAAUCUAUGUUGUGUUCAUCUUCUUGUUGCUUAAUCAAGUUUUGUUGAAUAAACUUCCCUUGUUA